GCCGGGCAGCUACAUGCUCAUCCAGGUCAUCCAUGGCAUCUAUGGAAAAAUGCUGCCGUUGUUGUCUGCGCGUACGCGUCGCCAUCACUUGUCACACACAAACACGCCCACACGACAAGAAAGUCACCAAUCGUCUCUGCCGGCAGCUACAACCUGCCAACAGCACUGAAGCACUAUACAACACCACACACAGACAGAGGGACAGGAAAGCCCACACUCAGCAAUGAUUUCGUGCAGAAUAAAGGAAGGAAGAAAGAGGGCAUUUGAGCCUCAUACGAACGUGGAAGACACAAUCAGACGAGACACGCUCGGGCAGGCUGUCAACUGACAUUCACUCUACCGCACAAAGCAACCAGCUACGGAUCUCUGACACGGGCACACACACGACACAUGGACACCGAAGCCGACCAGAGGUAUGCCUCAUGUUUCCCUCAGUCACGAUAUUGAAAAAGAGAAGCAAGAUUCAUGAAGACAAUGGCGUGAAUUGAUCCGCUGCGAUUGGCCCACUCGUCGUCAAUCAUUGUCAGUGGGUUCAGAAAUUGAGGCACUCGCAAGUGCGUCGCAUCAGUGAGAGAAAGUGUGGCCCCUACCGGCAGGAAGAGGCGGAUGGCUCAAGCAGACCCACACCAUGUGGCUGUCAUAUGAUGGACGGCUGCUCUGCGGACACACCACACCACGAAGGGGAAAAAAGCAUAAAGCUGGAUAAUAAUAAUAAUAAUAAUAGUAAAAGCACCACACAUUCAUGCUCACACCAAUGUCAGCACCUCCACUUCAUCAGCCAUAAACUCCUCACUGCCCCCAAAGAGAGCAUAGCCAUAGUCAUUCCUCACCCCCACAUAGCCAUCAGGCACAACCCAGUUGAGGAUGAGCUGACGGCAGCUGCGCACAUCACCAGCAGCGCCACCCUCAUAGCCCAAACACAGCCACACACCGAUCCACAGCUUCGCCCCAUCCACUGUCCCCUCCCGCCCGGCCACACACACUCUCCAUUUGCCCUCCCACACCUUGGUCGGUCCCUUGGCGAAGUGGCCGGCCAGCGAGAAAUACCAAACAUCACACUCGUAGCCGUUCUCGCCUCUCGGGUCGUCGGGCAGCCUGAUGCCGGCACUGAUGAAGGCACUGAAGACGUACUUGUCCCUUCGGAUGACGAACACCAGGCCGGUCGCAUCGCCCACACACCGAAAAAGGUCAUCAAAUGACGGCCCAUCACGCGAAGCCCUGAGGAAGAGAGAAAGAGAAAGAACAGACACACACACGCGCGCGCAGACAGACAGAUUAAAGUGAUGGACGAAAUCGAUGGUACGGCAACCGCACCUGUAGAUGAGCUUCAGUCUCCUCGCAGUUGUCGGUCCAACGAAGCGACAAAGUGCUGCCGACUGAAGGGCAUCGAAAGUCGCACCCUCGAUCACCUGCAGCGACAAACAACAGGACGUCGAUGCCGCUCUCUCUCGCCAAUGUGUGUAUGACCUUGAGUGAGAGCAGUGACCGGCCGUGGACACGAAUGACCUCCACCUCAUCGGCCAUGAAGUGCUCACUGCCCCCAAACAGAGCACCGCCAUCCUCAUCCCUCACCCCCACAUAGCCAUCAGGCACAUCAUCGAUGGGAUCAUCGCUGGAGAUGAACUGACGGCAGCUGCGCAUAUCAUCAGCAACGCCCCCCUCAUCGCCCAACCAGAGCCCCACACCAAGCACACCGAUCCACAGCUUCGCCCCACCCACUAAUCCCCCCCGCUCGGCCACGAACACUGGCCAUUUGCCUUCCCACAACUUGGUCGGUCCCUUGGCAAAGUGACCGCUCAGAGAAAAAAACCACACGUCACAGCCGUACGUGUUGUAGCCUCUUGCGUCGUCGGGCAGCUGCAGGCCACCGCUGAUGAAGGCGCCGAAGACGUACUUGUCCCUGCGGAUGACGAACACCAGGCCACUCGUGUCGCCCACACACCGCAGCAGAUCGCCAUACUCUGCGCCGUCACGCGAAGCUCUGAGAACAUCAGAGGCGACAGAGAACGACACAUGAUUGAUUGCAGUGUCUGUGAUGUGGUUUGUGCGUCGCACCUGUACAGCAGAGUGAAUUCACAUUCGUCGAACAUGGCGAGCGCCAAGACGGAGUGGAGGGCCGCACACUCAGCCUCACUCAGACUGCUGCCAGCGACCACCUGCACACACAGAGAGGGAGGUGAGGGCAAUUGUGAUGCUGCAAUCACCCCAUGGGCAUUCUCUCUCUCACCUGAGGGUCGGGCGAUUGGUUGUCCCCGUCUGUCGUGCUGCGACUUGAGAGAGCCGUAAUGUCAUCUGGCACACCGUCAGACACACUAAUCGCAUCACCAUCGUCCUGACAGCAAGAAUGACAACAAGUGAAUUGCGGCCCUGUUUGUCUGCGUCGCGUCAGUCUGACCUCUGCUAUGUCACUGAGGCGAUCGUCGGCGGUCAUUGUGAAUACAGACUUGACCGAUGAACGGGACAGCACCUGCACACACAAACUCACAAUGCCUCCCCGUCUGUGUGGGUGCCCAUUUCACUGCUUUUCACUGACCACCGACGGCGGGCCUUCUCGGUGGCUGCGUGUAUCAGUCCUGUGGAUCUUGUUUGGCGGCCUCUCAUUGGUCAGUCGACUCUCUGACGGCGCCAUCUGAAUGGCAAAAUAGACGGGCAGAAGAAGCUGUCACGUACACAGAUGGAUGACCGGUCUUGUCUUACUUACGCUUAUGGUGUUUCGGUCUGACGUCUGCGAUUGCUCGUCGAGGGGCCGAUUGCUGGCAGCAGCAUCGUCGUCUGGUGGGCAGGUGGUGGUCUGCAGCCAGCCAAGUCCAGACAGACAAAAGGCCUCAGUUGCUGCUGUGGUGUCAGCGCGCUGAGUGCAUUACCUGUCGGCUGACGCCAGGGAUCGGUCCGAUGAAUCGAUCCGCCUCCCGACUUGCAGCAGCAGCAGGAGCUGAGUGUGCUGCCGACUGGUGAGUGAGGGGCCUGGGUGGGGGAUGGGGGUGGGGUGGCUGCAUAGCCGACACAGGCGCCUCCUCUGGGGUCUGAAACGAAAAGCAGUCGGGAGAGUGCCUUAAGAGUGUCUAGUUGCGCCUCACCUCCUGGACAGCCGCGUCGAGCUCGUGCUCGCCCGGCGACUGCACACAAAGACAAUCAUGAUGCUUCGGGACUCGGUCAUCUGAUGUACACGCACUCUUUCCCUUCUUACUGUCCUGGCAUUGGUGCCGUCAGUGCCUCCUCCUGCUGCUGCUGCAGCGACAGGUGGCUCAGAAGACGGCAAAGGAAUCUGAGGAGGCAGACAUGAAUCGUCAGAGGGCGAAUCUCUCACUGCGGGCACUCUGUCUGUCUACCUGCAUAUCGUUCGUAUCCUCAGCGAGAAAUGGUGCCGGUGACUCAGACGGCCCGGGAGGAUCCUGAAGAGAUAGGGGGCACGCAGACAAUGAGAAAUCGAUGAACCCUGGAUCUGUGAGAGUGAUUUGCUGUCUGUCCCACCUGCUGGCACCGCUUCCUGAAGGCCUUAAUCCACGAGUCGCUCGCCGAGAAGCCAGUGAUGCCCAGCCGGAUGGCAGUCGCGACCGCCUUGGUCCUGAUGGCCUUCGGGGGGACCUUCGAGGGGUCCUCAUGGCCGGCCAUCCACUGCCGCAUCUCGUCCUCGAUCGGCUGGUACUUGGGCUGUCUGUUGCGCUUCUUGUUUGAGUCGAUGACUUCUACGCCUGCCUCUCUCUGCUUCUUGAUGUCAAUGCACCACUGCUUAAAUCUGGCAGGCGGGAUGCCAUUCUCCUUGGCGAACUGAGGCAUCGAGAUGGCCUCUCCGUCUCGCUGGCGCCUCUCAAACUCACUCACAAGCUGCAGCCGCUCGCCGAUUGUCACCUCAUCUGCAUUCUUUCUGCACGCCUGAAUGUGAACACACAGACAUGGCGGCGACGAGGAGUUGCACGUGUCGGAGAGUGGGUGGAUCCUUCUACCUGGGAGUCUGAUCGGUGGCCUGUUCGUCGUGAUGUGUCCACAGACGUGGCACGACGACGUGAUGAUCUGCGCUGCAAAGUGCGGGGUGUGGGGUGAUGCUAACAAUACACAUACGAACACUGACAGAUAGAGUUGCUGACAAAAGGAGAGUGCAUACCUCAGCAGCGGAAUGAGUGUGCCGGGUACGCGGCAAUGGGUAGAGUGGUGGCCGGCCCGUCGUCGCCGCGUAGGUGACAACUGAAGACAACACAACCGACCAACGAUGAGCUGCAACAGACUGAUGAUUAUGUAGCUUACCGUCGAGCGAGUCCGUCGGGACUCCCAAACAUACCCCCGCAGCCACAUCGGCAGCGAUCUGCUCGAGAAAAAAUUGAGGCCACCCCGGUGGCGGCUGCAGAUACACACACACGAGGACCGACAGAUGUGAGGCAGACAGAGAGCACCAUAAUGUGCACCUGGAGAGCAGCAGCCGUGUCACCACUCAGCCCAGCACCGAGGGCAGCCUGAGAAACAAUCGUCACACGCCAAUCAAAGUGGUGCCAUAAGAAUCAUUGCACCUUACCUGCGGCUCAUCGCCGUCGUGAUGCCCUUCCUCGACAGCCCUUGGCCCAUCACACUGGACAACCAAACGACAAGCAACACACAGAGAGAUGAUUAGGUGAAAGAGUGAUGAGUGGCAAGACAACACGUCACCUGUGUGUGAAGGUUGCCAGGGUCGCUCAUCGUUUG